GCUGUGCACUCUCGAUAGAGCAGUCUAAUUCACUGCGCGCUUUCGUUGCUCUCGAAACGUGAGCGGCUUGAACAUGCACGCCACGGGUUUUCAGAGAACGAGAAAAAAGCCGCGGAUGUCGUCACACUAGGAAAUGGUCGCUUAGAAAUCGUAGUGCUCGGACGAGCCAGACGCGAUCUGUAAACCUAUAAUGCGCUGCUAAAAACUAUUUGGUUUCGGAGAUAGAUUUUGUAAAAAAUAUGAAAAUGUGACCUUGCAGGAGAUGAUAAUUUGCGUAAAAAAGUGAGUAACGCCAGAUGUUUGUGUGUAAUAGGCUUAUCUUAACUGACGCCGUCUAGCUUAUCAUACUUAUACUAUGCUUUGGAAAAGUAUCUGUAUGAGAUUGAUGAUUUUGAUGUAUGAUCGAUGUUUCAUUGCAUCUGUCGACCGAAAUAACCAUAGGCAUUCAUUGCCCGGCUAUCGUUGCUAACGAGUCGAUCGCGAGUGCUCCAAUUAUUCAGUCGCAGAGUUUCAUCAAAAUGCAACAGAUAAUAUUGUUGAGGUGUAUUACUUUUUGUUUUUUAAGCUUUCACCUAUGCAGUGCAACGAUUUGCGAUUUAAAAUUAGACCUCAUUCAAGUUUUAUUUAGACAUGGAGCUCGUAGACCAAGUCUGAACGAAGCUCUUCACCUUAAUUUCACAGAUUCAGCGGCUUAUAAGCCGGAAGGUUACUAUCAACUAACAAAAGAAGGAAAAAGACAAGCUUAUAAAUUAGGCACUUUGCUGCGUAAAAGAUAUGACGAAUUUUUAGGAGAAUACGAUCCGAGAAAAUAUCAGGCUAUGACUACUGGCGCUAGCCGCACAGUUAUGUCUUUGCAAAUGGCUCUUGCUGGUCUUUUUCCUCCUUCGCCAAAAGAUUCGUGGAACGAUAAAAUACAUUGGAGACCUUUGCCUUUUCAACGAAACUCAGCAGCGUCGGAUAUUAUUUUGGUGCCCUUUGCAGGUAAAAAAUAUAUUAAUUUAUACUACGAAACUAUGGCAAAUUCGAGCGAAUUCCAAAGUAAGUUAGCAAAAUAUACGGAGUUUCUUGAAAGAAUGGAGAAUAAGACAGAAUUCCCCUUCAGAAAACGCUAUUUACACCAUGUGGCAUGGACAUAUAAUGCAAUAAAAUACCACAAGGAAAUGAAUCUACCACUUCCAAAAUGGUACACCGAUGACUCGAUCUACGCAACUUUGGACGAAAUAUUGAUACUAGCCUGGAAUGGCAUGUCUUGGACACCAAAACUAAAAAGGCUGUCAGGCGGAAUAUUGGUCAGAAGAUUCAUUGAAAAUAUAAACGAAAAUCGCGAAGCUGCUUUGCCAAAAAAAAUUUACCUGUACUGCGCUCAUGAUGUGAAUCUUUAUGGAUUUUCGAAAGCUCAAUAUUUCGACGCAUUUCAUUUACCUCCGAGCAGCAGCGCUCUGAUAAUGGAGAAGUACAAAGACUCUGAUAAGUCAGAAUAUGUGAGGAUGCUUGCUUGGGACGGACUUAGCGAAAACUUCAUGACCAUAAGAAUAGGAAAUUGCAACGAAUUCUGUCCAUUCGACGAAUAUUUGAAAAUCGUCCAGCUUUCCAUCUCUUUGGAUGAAGAUUUGGCCUAUCUCAAUAACGUUCAUAAUAACUCCCAAGAUUUUUCGAUAGAAUAAUUUGACAAAUGUUUUUAUAUGGCAGUCCCCAAAUGUCACAGCGUUCACCAAAAUCGACAAUAAAAAAUUACCAAUCCAAAAAAAAGAAAAA